GGUGCCAAGCGCCGUGUCCGGAUGUAGGGGUCGGCGCGGUUCCGGCGUGGGCAAGGGGCGUCAUGGGCGGCCGCAACAAGAAGGCGCGGGCGGGCAGCGCGGCGCACACCGCCUCUGCCGCCACCGCGGCUGCCCGCGCCAGAGCUGCUGCCGAGGCUGGCGCCGCCGCCGCUGCCGUCGAGGCGAGCACCCGAGCGGUGCCGCGGCCACCGCCCGCCUCCAAGGAGCCGCGUGUCAAACAAGGUCCAAAAACUUACAGUUUUAGUUCAACGACAGAUUCCAAUGCUGCUGCCAAUCUAGAUAAAUCUGUUCUUAAGGUAAUGAUAAAUGGUAAUUUGGAGAAAAGGAUUAUUAAUUUAAUCAAUGACCAUAAAAAAGAAAAUGAUGACAAAGGAAUGAUUUCCAGAAGACUUACUGCUAAGAAACUACAGGAUGUAUACAUGGCUUUACAAAGAUUCUCUUUUAAGACUGAGCACAUUGAAGAAGCAAUGAAAAAUACACUUUUAUAUGGUGGUGAUCUUCACUCUGCACUCGACUGGCUUUGUUUAAACCUUCCUGAUGAUGCCUUGCCUGAAGGCUUUAGCCAGCAGUUUGAAGAACAACAACAGAAACCUAGAGCAAAAUUUUGUUCUCCUGUGUCACAACGUGAACCUCCACCUCGCUUAGUACAUACCAAAAAGAAAGAAAAUGACCCUGAAACUAAGGAGACGAAUGUGGGGAAAGCGAAAGAAAUGAGUAUGAAGGAAUGGAUUUUGCAAUAUGCCGAGCAACAGAGUGAUGAAGAGAACAAUGAGUCUGUGAAAGAGACGGGUGAAGAGAAGUUUGACCCGAAUGAAAGGUAUGUACAUCUGGCUGCCAAGCUUUCAGAAGCAAAAGAACAAGCAAGCAUCUCCAAGCAAGAUAAAGACAAGCAAGGCCAGAAGGUAGCACAAGAGAAAAUAAGAAGAAUUCAGCAAGAAAUGGCAAUACUCGAGGAACAUCCGGUAUUUAAUCCGGCUAUAAAGGUUUCAACCCAACAACAAAAUGAAAAGAAAAAAACUCCCUCACCUCAGCCUCAGGAAACCACUUUGAAUUUGAGCUUGCUUGAAAAACCCGAUGGUGCUGCAAAGGAAGAUAAAGUGAAAAAGAAAGAACCACUAGACAUAAGAAAUUUUGAUUAUAGUGCUCGAAGCUGGACUGGUAAAUCUCCAAAACAAUUUUUGAUUGACUGGUGCAGGAAGAAUUUUCCUAAGAGCCCAAAUCCUGCUUUUGAAAAGGUUCCAGUUGGAAAAUAUUGGAAAUGUAGGGUCAGGAUUAUCAAAUCUUCAGAUGAUGUCAUGGCAAUGUGUCCAACAAUUGUAACAGAAGAUAGCAUGCAAGCACAACAUUUAGCUGCUACUUUGGCACUCUAUCAUUUAACCAAAGGACAAUCAGUUCAUCAGUUACUGCCUCCCACCUACCGAGAUGUCUGGCUAGAAUGGAGGGAUAUCGAAAAGAAAAAGGAAGAAGAAAACAAAAUAGAAACCAACAAACCUCGUGAUAACUUUAUUGCUAGAUUAUUAAACGAACUCAAACAACAACAGCAACUACAAUCUGAAAACCAACCGGAAGUGUCUGAGGGUCCUGAAGAUUCCUGGGAAAACUUAGUUUCUGAUGAGGACUUCAGCAGUCUCUCCCUUGAGACCACAGACACAGAUAAUUUGGAACCUUCAAGGAUUUUGUUCAAAAAGCUGCAAAGUUCCUCCAGAUACCAGAGGCUUCUGAAAGAGAGACAGGAGUUACCUGUGUUUAAGCACAAAAACUCGAUUGUAGAAACUCUUAAAAAACAUCGAGUGGUUGUUGUGGCUGGUGAAACAGGCAGUGGGAAGAGUACCCAGGUGCCUCAUUUCUUGUUAGAAGACUUGUUGCUAGAUGAGGGAUCAAAUAAAUGUAAUAUUGUUUGCACACAACCCCGAAGAAUCUCAGCAGUGAGUCUGGCAAGCAGGGUAUGUGAAGAGCUAGGCUGCGAAUCAGGACCAGGAGGAAAGAAUUCCCUGUGCGGAUAUCAAAUUCGUAUGGAAUCAAGAACAGGAGAAGCCACUAGACUGCUGUACUGUACAACAGGUGUCCUGCUUCGGAAACUUCAAGAAGAUGGUCUUCUUUCAAGUAUAUCUCAUGUUAUUGUAGAUGAGGUACAUGAAAGAAGUGUCCAGUCUGAUUUCUUGCUAGUUAUUCUGAAAGAGAUACUGCAUAAGCGCUCAGACCUGCAUCUGAUUUUAAUGAGUGCUACUGUAGACAGUGACAAGUUUUCCAGCUAUUUCUCACACUGUCCCAUUUUAAGGAUCUCAGGGAGGAGUUACCCUGUUGAGAUUUUCCAUGUUGAAGAUGUAAUUGAAGCAACAGGCUAUGUCCUGGAGAAAGACUCAGAAUAUUGUCAGAAGUUCUUGGAGGAGGAAGAAGAAGUAACAGUAAAUGUUACUAGCAAAGGAGGAGGCACCACAAAGUAUCAGGAGUAUGUCCCAGUCCAGUCUGGAUCUGGUAUCGAUUUGGCUCCUUACUAUGCAAAGUAUAGCAGUCGUACACAGCAGGCUAUCUUCUAUAUGAACCCUUACAAGAUCAACCUUGAACUUAUUUUGGAGUUGCUUGCAUACUUAGACAGAAGUCCCCAGUUCAAGAACAUUGAGGGUGCUGUGCUGAUCUUUUUACCAGGCCUUGCCCAUAUUCAGCAGCUGUAUGACCUUAUUUCAACUGACAGAAGAUUUAACUUGCGUGACAGGCACAGGUUGAUAGCUUUGCAUUCUGUUCUUUCAACUCAAGAUCAAGCAGCUGCAUUUACAAUACCUCCUAUUGGUGUUAGAAAGAUUGUUUUGGCAACCAAUAUAGCAGAGACAGGAAUUACGAUACCAGAUGUUGUCUUUGUAAUUGAUACUGGGAGAACAAAAGAAAAUAGGUAUCAUGAAAGUAGUCAGAUGAGUUCCCUGGAAGAGACCUUUGUUAGCAAAGCUAGUGCUCUGCAGCGACAAGGAAGAGCUGGGCGUGUUAGAGAUGGAUUCUGCUUCCGAAUGUACACAAGAGAAAGGUUUGAAAGUUUCAUGGAAUACUCUGUUCCAGAAAUACUGCGUGUACCUUUGGAAGAAUUAUGCCUUCAUAUUAUGAAAUGCAAUCUUGGAUCUCCUGAAGAUUUUCUUUCCAGAGCAUUAGACCCACCACAGCAGCAAGUAAUUGGUAAUGCAAUGAACCUAUUGAGGAAGAUUGGGGCUUGUCUGUUAAAUGAGCCCAGGCUGACUCCAUUGGGCCAGCACCUCGCAGCCCUUCCUGUCAAUGUAAAGAUUGGCAAAAUGCUUAUAUUUGGUGCUAUAUUGGGCUGUUUGGAUCCUGUGGCAACUCUGGCUGCUGUUAUGACAGAAAAAUCCCCGUUUACUACACCAAUUGGUCGAAAAGAUGAAGCAGAUCUUGCAAAAUCAUCUCUAGCAAUGGCAGUUUCAGACCAUAUAACAAUCUACAAUGCUUAUCUGGGGUGGAAAAGAGCUCGACAAGAAGGGGGAUAUCGUGCUGAAAUGACUUACUGCAGAAGAAAUUUCCUUAAUAGGACUUCCCUGUUAACUCUGGAGGAUGUGAAGCAAGAACUCAUAAGGGUGGUCAGAGCAGCAGGGUUCACAGCACCUACAACACAAUGUGGAUGGGAUGGAAAUGGAGCCACUCAAUCCCUUUCUCUCCAUGAAAUAGCUCUUCUUAAAGCUGUGUUGACUGCAGGACUGUAUGACAACGUAGGAAAAAUAAUAUAUACAAAGUCUGUGGAUAUUACAGAGAAGCUGGCUUGUAUGGUAGAAACUGCUCAAGGUAAAGCACAAGUGCAUCCCUCCUCUGUAAAUCGAGACUUACAGACAUAUGGAUGGCUCCUUUACCAGGAGAAGGUGAGGUAUGCUAAGGUGUAUUUGAGAGAGACUACUUUAAUAUCCCCCUUUCCCAUUUUGCUUUUUGGUGGGGAUAUAGAAGUCCAGCAUCGGGAGCGCCUCCUGACAGUUGAUGGCUGGAUCCAUUUUCAGGCUCCUGUAAAGAUAGCAGUAAUUUUUAAACAGCUGAGGGUUCUCAUUGAGUCUAUUUUAAAGAAGAAGCUUGAAAAUCCUAAAAUGUCACUUGAAGAUGACAAGGUCUUGCACAUCAUCAAAGAACUGAUAAAAACAGAGAGUGGUAACUGAAACCCAGAUAUCAGUAACAAACUGGAGCUUCAAUAAUGGCAGGAGAAAAUGUGGACUCCAACAUCAGCUGAAAGUAUUUAAAUGCUUAGUGGGGUUGAUAUCAGCCAUGAUGAGAAAAGACUGCAUGAUUUUGCAUAGAACUUACCUUUCUCUAUGUCAUUUUUAAAGAUGACACUUGAAUAUGUUUAGCCUUUACAAUACAUUUGGUGCCAUUUGUCUGACUACAAAUGAUGGAAGCAGAUUCUUUUCAAUACAAAAAUGGAUGUGGCCAACUCUUUGUUUGAUGUACUAAUCAUAACAUCACUGGUGGUGAAAACUGUAGUAAUGAUUAAAGAUUGGGUCCUGAAUCUCAGUGAGUAGAAUCGUUAGGUGUGUGCAAACAGGAGACAGACAUUUCUUACGUGGAUUUCCUAAGUGGUAAAUUUUUUUUGAUCGAUGAACUUACAGCAUUAAAGCAAUACAUCUUAUAGAUGUCUUCAUUUUUCUGUAUGGUUUACAUGAAGAUGCUCUAAGGAGUGCUGUGAACAAGUGCUCAGCUAGACAAGGGUAUUGCCAGCAGCCCCUCACCAUCCUCUGCCUCUUCUCACAUCAUCAGUCUGAGGCUGAAGCCUUCUGGUCCUCAUUCUCUUAGCACUUGCUCACAGUGUUUGUAUGUUUGUUAUUUGUUUCAUACUGAAUGUUCUUUAACCAGAUAACUUUAAGGAAGCAGAUGCCCUUUUAUUACACCUGUCCACACCAUUUAUGCUUAUGAACUGAAAUUUUAGAUCACCACCUCAGCUUUCAAAAAUGAGGAAUAGUGAGAAUAGGGUUUGGGGAGAAGGGUAGCGUUGCUAUUAAACAGCUGCAGUCAAGUAGGAACUCUGUGCGUAACAGGCAAAGGCAGAGUGUGGAAGAUACUUUUUUAUAAUCUGAAAAAUACAAAUUUUGUAAAGCAGAUGUUGAUUAUAUACAGAAAGGGCACUAAGGAAAAUACAUGAAAAUGCAAAAUACAUGAGCUUUCCCAUUGAAUUAUGACAGCAGAACUGGUACUGCUGUGCUGAGAGAGAAACAUAAUCUGAAAGUAAACCAGCUUGGGUGUAGUACCCUGCACUCAAUUCUGGAAGAGGCAAGUUCUCCUAACAGUAUUUUGCUAAGAACUCUGAAGAACUGAUUAUAUUAUCUUUUUAUUAAUUGUGAUAAACUAGUGGUACUAGUUCCCUAGAAUAGCUAGGAAGUGCUUUUUUAUAAUUCCAAAGUAUACAACAUGUAUGCAAGGAAGCAUUGAAACGGUUUGAUUUUGAUCUUAAGACCCCAGUUUUGCACUCUGUAUGCCCAGACACCACCUUCUUUCAUGUCGGAGGCAUAGAAAUUAAAACCUACAAACUACAUUCCUUGGAGACCCUGAACAAUUUCCUAGAUUUUGUUCUAGUUGGGGUCUUUUAUUUGUGUCCUUUGGAAACAUGAAUUAGAAAUACAUUUCAGUAAUUCACCAACUAACAAGCACCUGUUUCUUCUGGAUUUGAAUUUUGCAUUUAAGUUGGUUUUAAAUGGCUAAACCAUAGUGAAAGUGUUAAUUGUCCUUAAGUUCUCCUUUGUUUAACUCUGAUGAAUAGAGAGGUUUUGUGCCAUUUGUGUAUGGUAAGGUUGAAAUUCAGAGGCAUUCUGUGUGUUCCUCUGGCAUGCCCUGCUUUGUAAUCUUUUAAAGAAAUUGCUGCUUUUCAUUGCUAUUAAGGGGAUAUAUGUCAUAACUAGGAAACUGCAUGCUCCUGAGAGAGCAAGUUUUCUGCAAAACAGGUGAAAUGGGCCACACUGGUAUGCAGUGUGGUUAUCUUAAAUUUAAACACAGAUGAAAAACAAAGACUACACUGGCUUUCUGCUUUUGCAGUGUGCAUGAGCAACUUCUGUGCCUGUGCUCUGUUGGGUAGAUUAACUUUUUUGUUCCGUUUAUUUAAUAAAUACUUCUGUUAACA